CUUUCAGAUUUGGAAAGAUCUUGAUUAGUCGAUUCGUUAAGUGCUGCAGGUGUGACUUCAGUUCUCUGCAGAAAGUGAACUUGGUGGCGAUCCUGUAAUACAGGUGCGUUCCCUGAAACAGGUUGUUCAUUCUUUUCUAAUAUUUGAAGUCUUCUGUGCUUAGAAUAGCUAUAUCUCAGUAGCGAAGGAAAUGUUGUCACAAGUUCUAUAUUCUUUUAUACUGAUCAAAUUAUACUUCUUUCUGUGGUAAAAACUUUCAUGAGAUCCCAUACAUGGAUGAGCUCUUUCAUGAGUUCUUUGGGAUUUGGGCAUACUCAGUCACUGGUCCAUUUCCUCUGAUAAAUAAUAGAAAACCAGAAGAUUAGAUUUAGCUGCCUCUAAUUCUACUCAAACUGUUAAAAUGCCUGGUUUGAAUAACUUGUGUUUAGUUUUAGAUAAAAAUAAUUUUGGCGUAGAUUUGUCCUAGCUUUCAGUUAAAUUGUAGAAAGGCUUAUCAGGAGAAUUUUAAGUAGUUUCUUAGUGACUUCCUAAAUGCAUUAAGUAGAUGAAGCCAACAUGAUACCCAAUUAAAAUAGUACAUGUUGCUACAGCAAAUAUCCUCUUCAAACCUAGACUCUGUUAAACUUUUUUGAAAUUUGUUUUUAUCUAUGAAAAUGUCAUGAUGGAGGAGGUCAUCAAACUAGGGAAGUGUUAUGUCACUUCAUAAGCAGUCAGGCAAGACAUUGUGGCUAAUUUCUUAUAGAUCUUGAUUAGUAAAGGUAGAACCUUAACUUCAUUAAGAAAAUACAGAUUACAGGGAGAUGAGUUAGUGUGAGGGAAUUGGAAGAGCUGUCUUUCAAACUAGGAUUUAACUAGCACUGAAAGACAUUCCAAAUCUUCAGCAUCCAAGCUAAAAAUUGCCAAUCUGCAAGUACCUGCAGGUACAGUAAUUUCUAACACUUCUCCUGGUCAGAGAUAGAGAGCUUGUAACAUAAAUCCUGUUUUAUCAAUUUAUGAUAAAGACAGAGGCAAAAUAUUUAAAGAACAGAUUCGUAUCGUAAUCUAAGGCUUGUAGAAUUCACAUCAGCUUUGCAAUGUUAUGCAGAAUGGAAUGUUGUGAAUAAAUUCUUCCUUAAGUCUGGCCAACACAAAUGUACUUUUAACAGUUGGUAGACGUGCAGCGUUUUAAAUUAAGGCAUGUUAACAUGGGCUGUCUUCCAAAAUGGUUAGCUUGGGAUUUGAACACUGUUCCAAAUUUUUGUUCCAAACAUUCCUUCUGCAUAUUCAAAUGAAGCACUUAAAAGUGAUGUAAUUGUUUGCCACACGAAUGUUGAUCUUCUGAACUUCUGAUUUUUAUUCUACUAUUUCUUUGUGUUAAUUGGCAGUGUCAUGUACCAGCACACUUAGCUUCCUAGAUUUAAUAGAAGAGCUUUCAGAUUUUCUUUUUCCUGCUGAAAUUCCUGGUGUCUUUCUUGGGGAAGCUGUUUUUAUUAGGAAGAGUAAUAGUGUUGUUGGAUUUUGUUAGUACAGACUUCUGAAUGUAAGGAAACACUUUAAAAAUUUUUUUUACACACUCUGAGGGUGAGUGAGCACCGGAACAAAUUGCCCAGAGAGGCUGUGGAAUCUGCAUCUUGGAGAUAUUCAAAAGUCAUCUGGAGAUGGUCCUGGGCAGCCUGCUCUGGGUGACUUUGCCUCAACAGGGAGUUGGACAAGAAGACCUCCAGAGGUCACUUUGAGCCCCAGCUGUUCUGUGAUUCUGUGAAUUGAAAUUUUGCAACUGCCUAGUAAAUUCUUUAAUGCUCAUACCAUGCCUUCAGCAAUGUGGACGAGUUUAGAUGAGGUCUUAAAAUGGUAUUCUAACCAAACUUUUUAAGCACUUGGAGCUUCUUUGAACUACAUUGGGCAUUUUGCUCUAUCUCCUGGAGAGGUUGGCCCUUCAUUCAUAGUGGCUGCAUCAGCCCAUGCAGAUAGUAUGAUGCCAUGCUGAUAGUGAACCGGAAUGGUUAUUUUAUCUAGUGUUGAAGAUUCUGUUGUUUUAAAACUCUAUAAGACCUUAUUUUAGACCAAAAGUGUUUAAAUGCAAAUUUGUAUCUGAUUCCUCUGCUGGAUGACAGUUUCGUGUUUAACCAACAUUUAUCUGCAUAGGCAUGGCAUAACUGUGAGCAUCUCUCUGGUAUCUGUUUGAAGAGGACACUGUUGGGGGGCCCAGGUAUUUCUUUUAUAUUUUAUAGUUAUAGAGGUGUCCGGACUCUGUAAUGGUCAAAGAUUUCCAGUACAAGAGGAUGAGACAAGAAUUAUAUGCAUGUGGGAGACUCUGGACCUAGGCACUUCAUGCUUUUGAUGCUAGCUGAGAGGGAGCUUGAUAAACAGUUUUACCAACUUUUCAUAGAAAAAACAGAUAUCUUGCAUAUUACUUUGGCCAAACGAGGAGACGAGUAGUGUUUUCUUCUGAAAAACUCAAAAAUAAAUAUAAAAUGUCUGGAAAAACAGCAAUUAGGAGGAUUUGUGGGUCGGUACUUCUAAACAGAAUUUGUACAGAGUGAGAAUUCUGAAUAUGGCUUGAUUUGCUCUUGAUCUUGGCAGUGUUUCUAAUGAGUAUCCCAUGGACUCUAUCAAGUUCAGGGGGUUCUACUCUAGCACUGAGGAGCAGAACCCUGAGCAGCAACCUGAUAUCAGUGAAAACAUUUCUUCAUCGUUCUCUGUAGAAGAGCAACAGAAAAUGAGUGAUUAUUCUGGACUUGCAACUAAUCAUAGCCAGAUGAUUGCUGAAGAUUCAGAAAUUCAGACAAAGCCUGAACACUCUCAUGAAGUUCUUCAGGAAGAUAUUGAAAUGAGCAGUGGAUCCAGUGGAAAUGACUUCAGCGGAAAUGACACAAAUGAGAAUUACUCAAGUGGGCAUGAUUCUCAUGGCCAUGAAUCUGAUGAAAAUGGGAAAGAUUCAGCAAUGCUCAUGGAAUCUUCAGACUGUCAUAAAAGUUCAAGUUCAAAUGCAUUUAGCCUGAUGAUUGCAAACUCUGAACACAAUCAGUCCAGCAGUGGGUGCAGUAGUGAGCAGUCCACUAAAGCCAAAACACAAAAGGAAUUGCUGAAAACACUACAAGAGCUGAAAGCUCACCUUCCUUCUGAAAAGAGAAUUAAAGGCAAAUCUAGUGUCCUAACGACGUUGAAAUAUGCCCUUAAAAGCAUUAAACAAGUUAAAGCCAAUGAGGAGUAUUACCAAUUGUUGAUGAUUAAUGAAUCCCAGCCUGCUGGACUCAAUGUGUCAUCUUACACGGUGGAAGAAGUGGAGACUAUAACCUCAGAAUACAUCAUGAAAAAUGCGGAUAUGUUUGCUGUAGCUGUUUCUUUGAUUACUGGGAAAAUUUUGUACAUCUCUGAUCAAGCUGCUUCUAUUCUCCGCUGUAAGAGGGGUUAUUUUAAAAAUGCCAAAUUUGUGGAGUUCUUGGCACCUCAGGAUGUCAGUGUGUUCUAUACUUCUACUACCCCUUACAGAUUACCAUCAUGGAAUAUUUGCAAUAGAGCUGAGUCUUCCACCCAGGAUUGCAUGGAAGAGAAAUCUUUUUUCUGUCGCAUCAGUGCGGGAAAGGAGCGUGAAAAUGAGAUUUGCUAUCACCCGUUUCGGAUGACUCCUUACCUUAUAAAAGUGCAAGAUCCAGAAAUCGCAGAGGACCAACUUUGCUGUGUGUUGCUUGCAGAAAAAGUACAUUCUGGUUAUGAAGCACCCAGAAUUCCUCCUGACAAAAGAAUUUUUACAACUACACACACACCAACCUGUUUGUUCCAGGAUGUAGAUGAAAGAGCAGUACCUCUGUUGGGAUACCUACCUCAGGACUUAAUAGGAACACCAGUCUUGGUGCACCUUCACCCAAAUGACAGGCCCUUAAUGCUGGCAAUUCACAAAAAAAUACUUCAGUACGGAGGACAGCCUUUUGACUACUCCCCAAUCAGGUUUUGCACUAGAAAUGGGGAUUAUAUAACCAUGGACACUAGCUGGUCCAGUUUCAUCAAUCCUUGGAGUCGAAAAGUUUCAUUUAUUAUUGGAAGACACAAAGUUAGAACGGGUCCCUUAAAUGAAGACGUCUUUGCCGCUCCCAACUAUACAGAGGAUCGAAUCCUUCAUCCCAGUGUUCAGGAAAUCACUGAGCAAAUAUAUCGACUAUUACUGCAGCCUGUACACAACAGUGGAUCCAGUGGCUAUGGAAGUCUCGGUAGCAAUGGCUCACAUGAGCACUUAAUGAGUGUGGCAUCCUCCAGUGACAGCACAGGAAAUAAUAACGAAGACACUCAUAAGGAUAAAGCAGAGGUUUGUCAAGAUGCCCGUAAGGUCAAAAAUAAAGGACAGCGUAUUUUUACAGACAAUAAAGCAAAACUGGAACAUAAGAGAGAGCCUUUUGCAGAAAAGCAAAGUGGUCCUGGUGGCCAGAUGAAAGAUGUAGCAGGAAAGGAUGCUGCAGGAACAGCUGCUCCUAAAAAUGUGACUACUGAAGAGUUGGCUUGGAAAGAACAACCCGUAUAUUCUUAUCAACAGAUUAGCUGUUUGGACAGUGUCAUCAGGUACUUGGAGAGUUGUAAUGUGCCUGGUACAGCAAAAAGAAAAUGUGAAGCUUCAUCAAGCGUUGCAUCGCUGAAUUCUGGAGUUCAUGAACAAAAAACAGCUGGUAACGUAGACCCUGCUGUGUUGAAGGCAUCUGGUAAAUCAAAUGGUCCCCCAGUGGUUGGUGCUCACUUGACAUCUUUGGCACUACCUGGCAAGCCUGAAAGUGUUGUCUCUCUCACAAGUCAGUGCAGCUACAGUAGCACCAUUGUUCAUGUUGGAGACAAAAAAACACAACCUGAAUUAGAAAUGAUAGAAGAUGGUCCAAGUGGAGCAGAACUCUUAGAUGGCCAACUUCUUGCCCCUCCAUCUAGCUCUGCGCAUGUAAAUCAAGAAAAGGAGCCGUUUAAAAAACUGGGGCUUACAAAGGAAGUCCUUGCAGUGCAUACGCAAAAGGAAGAACAGAGCUUUUUGAAUAAGUUUAAAGAAAUCAAGAAAUUCAAUAUUUUUCAGUCACAUUGCAAUUACUACUUACAAGAUAAACCGAAAGGACGGCCUGCUGAACGUGGUGGCCGUGGACAAAGAAAUGGCACUUCUGGAAUGGAACAGCCGUGGAAGAAAAGUGGAAAGAACAGGAAAUCAAAGCGUAUUAAACCACAGGAGUCUUCAGACAGUACCACUUCUGGAACUAAAUUCCCCCAUCGGUUCCCUCUUCAAGGUUUAAAUACUACUGCUUGGUCACCGUCAGACACUUCACAAGCGAGCUAUUCAGCGAUGUCUUUUCCCACUGUUAUGCCUGCAUAUCCACUUCCUGUUUUUCCUGCAGCAGGGACUGUGCCACCAGCUCCCGAGACUUCACUUUCUGGUUUUAAUCAGUUGCCAGACUCUGGAAAUACUUGCCCUAUCCAACCGUCCCAGUUCCCUGCACCCCUCAUGACACCUGUUGUAGCCCUUGUGCUCCCCAACUAUGUCUACCCAGAGAUGAACAAUAACUUACCUCAAACACUUUACCACAGCCAACCCAACUUCCCUGCCCAUUCCGCUUUCUCUUCACAGACAGUAUUCCCAACGCAGCCACCAUUUGCUACACCCAGCCCUUUCCCACAACAGGCAUUUUUUCCAACACAGCCAUUCCAUUAUAAUCCACCAGCAGAGAAUGAAAGGGCUCCUGUCACAGAGCCACGAAACGAGCCAUCCCGUUCCUGCACUCCGCAGUCAGUGGGUCCUCAAGACCAGGCUUCACCACCUCUGUUCCAGUCCAGGUGCAGUUCUCCCCUGAAUCUUCUACAGUUAGAAGAAACCACAAAAACUGCUGAAAGUGGACCUCCCGUGGGUUUACACGGAACCUUAAGUGAGGAAGGAGCCAUAGGCAAAAUCAUGACAACUGAUAACUGUAGUGGAAAGGGAUCCCUACCGGCUGAAUCUCCAAUGGAUGCUCAAAAUAGCGAUGCACUCUCCAUGUCUAGCGUCCUGCUUGACAUUUUACUUCAAGAAGAUGCCUGUUCAGGCACUGGUUCAGCUUCUUCAGGGAGUGGUGUAUCUGCAGCUGCUGAGUCUCUGGGGUCUGGAUCCAAUGGCUGUGGCAUGUCAGGGAGCAGAACAGGUAGUAGUGAGACUAGCCAUACCAGCAAAUACUUUGGGAGUAUUGAUUCUUCAGAAAAUCAUCAUAAAACCAAAAUGAAGGCAGAAAUGGAAGAAAGCGAGCACUUCAUUAAAUAUGUCCUUCAGGAUCCUAUAUGGCUUUUGAUGGCAAACACAGAUGACACUGUUAUGAUGACUUACCAGAUACCUUCACGAGAUUUGGAGACAGUUUUAAAAGAAGAUAAGCAGAAAUUAAAGCAAAUGCAGAAACUACAGCCAAAAUUCACAGAAGAACAAAAAAGAGAGCUAAUUGAAGUUCAUCCAUGGAUCCAGCAAGGUGGACUACCAAAAACUGUUGCUAAUUCUGAAUGUAUUUUUUGUGAGGACAAUAUUCAGAGCAAUUUUUAUACAUCGUACGAUGAAGAAAUCCAUGAAAUGGACCUUAAUGAAAUGAUUGAAGACAGUGGGGAAAAUAACUUGGUUUCCUUGAGUCAAGUCAGUGAAGAACAAACAUAGCCUUUGAGCCUGUUGUUUUCAAAGCUGCUUCAAAACUACAGUAAUGACCCGUAAAGGUUUUAAUCUUGUAUCCAGCAAGAUGAAUCUGGUUCAUAAAAACAAAUGUUUUUCUUGCUCUAGAAGAGUCAUUUGUGAAUGAAUCUCUUUUUAAAUGGUGGCAAUCUCUUCCCAGUAAGGACAUUGUUGAAGAUGGUAUAGCUUUUCUUUAAAAAAGAAAGACUCAUGUUUUGCACUUAUGCCUCAAGUAUUUCUUUAUAAACUCGAGAAACUUUCAUUGAUGCCUACUGGUUUUUGCAGAGUGGGUUAAUGAGUACUGAAAAUCCCCUUACGUACAUACAGUUCUUCAAAUCUCCUUUUUGGUAACAAUUCAUUGUUACAAAUUGUUCUAGCAAUUCUGCGUAGUGGCUCCUUAGCAUUGUUCUUAAUAUUUGAAGUGGUCCAGCAUAGUAGAAGAAAUAACCUUCAAGCAAAUCAAUUCGCACUUGCCCUUCUCAUACCAGUUGAUCCCAUCCUCUUUCUUUGUUUCCUAUAGUUUUGAAUGUAGGAACCUUUUUUGUCUAAGAGAAAUGUUGAACUAAUUUUGCAAGACGGUUUUGGGUAAAAAUACUUAUGUGAAUGUCUAAGAAAGUAUAAUUGAGUGCUGAUGACUGUGUAGCCUUUUAUUUAAAUGGACACUGCAAUACUAUGAACUGUUUAUUACCUUGAAGCAUCGUUUCUGAGAAUUUAAACACAAGAAAUCUUUACGCUUAAAGAUUUGAAAAACUAAAACCACAGAGGAUGACUGCGUAUGCUCCAGUGACUGUUAGAAGAAGCUUGGUAUAACCUUAACCUUUAUUUCUGAUUUGUUCUGUCAGGAGGUCAGCCAUCAGUUUUUCCUGUGUGGCUAGACAAACAUCAAACUUGUAUGUGGCAGGAGAGGAUUAGACAUCUCUUGUCACUUGAAGAUAGUUCUUAUAAAAAAAAAAAGAAAAGUGAUUUUGAGAAUAGUGUUGACUUUCACUAUAUACGAAUUGCAUAAUCAAAACCUUAGUGUGGCUGGAAUCCUUUGCUGUAAAGGAUUUAAUUUUAAUGCCUCUGAGAUUGUAUUGACUUGAAUACGUGUACUCUGUCUUCUUGUGCUGUUUAUACAUGUUGGAUGUGGGAAGAGAACACAAAAGAGCAGCUUUAAUGUAUUGGUUCAUUAAAGGACAUUUAGUUGCAGUAUUGCUAAAUGUCAGUUGUAGGUCUUGGGGUGAAAAACAUAUGGAGAAAUCCAAUUGACUUUGAUAUGUUUGUCUUAAAAUAUUUUUCAUGGAAAGCAUUUCCUUUUUUUAUUAGGAUAAUGUUUCUAUUCACUGCAAUUUAAGGUUAUUUUCGUUGUAUAAAAAUAUUUCUCUUUGCAUACAAAGAGGAUGUGAAGUUAGAUCUGACACCAAAAACAUGCAGAAGUGACUGGUAUUUGCCUAGUGGAAGAAAUAAUUUGUGUAAAGCAAUUGGUUAUUAAUUGGACAGUGUCAUGAGGAAAUUCACAUUGAAGACAGGUUCUGCAGGUAGCAGAGAGUGUGAAUUUGUGAAUCAAGUAGAAUCACAAUUUAAAAAAAAAAGUAUCUUAAAUGUAGUGUGAAGCACUACUUGUCAAGAUCUGGUUCCUGUCUUUAAUAGUUUAGCAAGGUCAAACCUAAAUAUAUGUAAAUAUAAAGUGAAUGAGAAAUUUUAAAAUGUUGGUGUUCAAGUCCAAUGUAUUAAAUGUUUUCAUCAUAAAUGGAGCAGUGCAGCUAUACCAACAUACUAAAUAUAUUCCAUUUUUACAUGUAAACACAAAUAGUUUUAAUUGGACCAGGGUUUGAGAAAAGUAAAAGCUUUAUAUAAAAGGAGUGCAUCAUAAUUAUACAAAUUAUUUUCAGGGACUUCUCAACCACUUUGAACUUCUUUGCUUUAGCAUGCUUUUUUUUGAUUUUUUUUUUUAUUAUUAUUUGUUCUCAUUUCUUUUUUUUUUUUAAGUGACCAUCUUGUAACCAUAACUUAGUGAAAGGAAGAGAAAAGUAUAUUUAGAGCAUUUUGUGGAUGUGCUUACUUAUGGACUUAAUCUUGCAUCCUUAAAGUGUUUGCAUUUACAGGGUGGUAUUAAAAUAUUUUCCUGUAACUUUAAAUCUACAUGCCUCCAUUUAUAGAUAAGAUUCUGAAGCUGUAAUUUUUCCAAACUGUUGUAAGAUGACUUAUUUGUGAUGACACUUUGUCAACAUGUCAACGAUGUUUUCUGUACACUGUGCAAUAUAUUUUGGUUUUGCCACUUGUGACUAAUUUUUAUGACUUUGCUUUUUAGAAAACUGGUAAAUAAAACAGAUAUAUUUUUA